AUGUCAGAACAGCCACAAUCCGAUCUUCACUCGGAGAAACAAACCUCAGACGAGGAAAGCCAGUCGCCCUCCGCUCCGAACGAUGUCAAAUCCCCAGCAGCACCAGGUUUAGGGUGGAAGUUCUGGGUGCUUUUUGUCACGCUGUGCCUGAGUGGAUUUGCGGUGACAAUGGAGGGCAGCAUCGUGGUAACCGCCCUCCCAACCAUCGCGCGCGACUUACACACUACCAACUAUGUUUGGGUAGUUAAUUGCUACACCUUAGCCUCCGCCAUUUUCCAACCCCUAGUCGGCUGGCUAGCCGAGGCUUUUGGCCGAAAACCUCUGAUGCUGGGGAGUAUCAUGGUCUUUGCUGUCGGUAGUGCCAUGGCUGGCGCCGCCAACUCCCUUGGUCUCAUUCUAGCCGGACGACUUAUCCAGGGUAUUGGGGGAGGGGCCAUUCCGCUAAUCGCGGAGCUCAUUAUCUGCGAUCUGGUGCCCCUAGAACAGAGACCUCAGAUGCUUGGCAUGGUGAUGGCAACAUCCUGUCUGGGAUUGGUGUUUGGGCCAAUCAUCGGUGGAGUCAUCGUCAAUCAUAGCACCUGGCGAUGGAUAUUUUUCCUAAACCUCCCUCUGGCCGGUGUCUCCCUUCUCUGUCUUUUUCCGGUUUUAGGUCAUCGGACGUCUGAACAGAGGAGGGCCGCUACAUCACUGCGAGCCACCGCCAGGCGGGUUGACUGGGUGGGCAACACGCUGCUCCCGGCCUCUAGUGUCGCUAUCCUUCUCCCAUUGACCAUGGGUGGGAAGAUGUAUCCCUGGGAUUCAGCGCGGGUUAUUACUCCGCUAGUCCUUGGCUUUUGUGGUCUAGUUGGAUUUGGAGUUUAUGAACAUUACUGUCCCAACCCGCUGAUCCCAUUACGACUACUUAGUAAUGGCUCUGCCGUCUCUCUGCAGAUUCAAAGCCUUAUUCAGAGCAUGCUCAUUAUGUGGAUCAACUACUUCCUGACUAUAUACUUCCAAGCGGUGUUGGGGGUGUCUCCACAGCAGGCCGGAUUUGAUCUUAUGCCGACAAUCGUGGCUAUGGUUGUCUUCUCUAUUGUAGGCGGGAUUGCUAUGUCUAAGCUGCCCCCCUCAUGGGCCGUCUUGAAUAACAUGAUUGCCUUUGUGAUAAUGUCGAUUGGUUUGGGUUGUUUCACUAUUCUCACGCCUUCCUCCGUGACCGCCGUGCAUGUCGUGCUGCAGAUAAUCGUGGCCGGAGGGAAUGGCCUACUCCUGGCUACUCUGCUUCCCAAUGUCCAGGGUCAGUUUGACUCAGAAGACAUGACGGCCGUUACAGCCCUCUUCAAUUUCCUGCGCAGUUUUGCCCUAGUAUGGGGUAUGACUAUCCCGUCCAUUAUCUUCAACCAGAGCGUGGAUAGGAAUCUAGGUCUGGUGCCACAGGAACUACGCCCCUUGUUGGAAGGCGGAGGCGCCUAUGUUCGAGCCAGCAAUAAUUUCAUGCAGUCCUUCCACGGAACAACCAAGGAACAGAUUUUGGACCUGUAUGAACUGGCUCUACGAGACACUUGGUGGGGAGCGAUGGCCUUUGCCCUGCUGGGAUUACUGCUGGUAGCCCUGCAGAGGCCAGGGAAAUCUAGUGCUCCACCUGCAGAAGAUACUCAACAGACUGAAGGCAAGAAGGAAAGCGCGGAGGCGUAG